AUGGAAGUGUCUCUGAAGAUAGGGGCGACUGAUAUCUUCUCAGGACCAAACGUGGCUGAGGUACUUCUGAAGCCAAAUGUGGCUGAUCCUUCUGCAGCUAUCGUUCUGCAUAUGCCUCUUAGGCCAAUGAUAUCCAACGACGUUGGUAGCCAAUCUAUCUACCUCCUCUUCAUCUUCCCUGAGGGAGAAACAAAUCGGUGGUACCGAGACCGGCCUUUUCUUGGUUCUCACUUACUAUUGCAUAUUCUCCAGGCCUUGUCUAGGCAAGGUCCUCUUUUGGACGAAGAGUUGUCGGGUGAGGGUCUUGCUGCCGAGAACAAACGACUGAAGGCUGAGCUCACUGCUCGAGAGCAGACUUUUGACAAAGAAAUGACCAAGCUAAAGGCCACCGUCUCCAAGACGUUUUUAGGCGGGAUACUUACUUGA